AUGCUCACAAAGUUUGAGACUAAGUCAGCCAGGGUGAAAGGUAUAUCCUUUCAUGCCAAGCGGCCAUGGGUUCUUGCGAGUUUGCACAAUGGCGUGAUACAGCUUUGGGACUAUCGUAUGUGUACAUUACUUGAGAAAUUUGAUGAUCAUGACGGUCCUGUGCGUGGAAUUUGCUUCCACCAACAACAACCGCUUUUUGUAUCCGGUGGCGACGACUAUAAAAUUAAGGUUUGGAAUUACAAACAGAGAAGAUGUUUGUUCACUCUGCUCGGCCAUUUGGACUAUGUCCGAACCACAUAUUUUCAUCAUGAGUAUCCAUGGAUAUUGAGUGCAUCUGAUGAUCAGACAAUAAGAAUUUGGAACUGGCAGUCUAGACAAUGUAUAAGUGUUCUCACUGGACACAAUCACUAUGUAAUGUGUGCACAAUUUCACCCUACUGAAGACCUAUUGGUAUCAGCCUCUUUGGAUCAGUCUGUACGAGUAUGGGACUUCUCAGGCCUUAGAAAGAAGAGUGUGGCACCAGGCCCCACAGGACUGGCUGAGCAUUUGAGGAACCCACAGGCCACAGAUCUAUUUGGACAGCAACUGAUUUUGCAGGCUGAUGCUGUAGUUAAACACGUGUUGGAAGGGCACGACAGAGGUGUGAACUGGGCCUCUUUCCACCCCACACUGCCCCUCAUCGUGUCUGGAGCGGAUGACCGGCAGGUCAAACUGUGGAGAAUGAACGACGCUAAGGCUUGGGAAGUAGACACGUGCCGAGGCCACUACAACAACGUAUCGUGCGUGUUGUUCCACGCUCGUCACGAACUCAUCCUGUCCAACGGCGAGGACAGAUUCAUAAGAGUGUGGGACUUGACAAAGAGAACCUGCUUGCACUCCUUCAAGAGAGAAGAUGAGAGAUAUUGGGUAUUAGCAGCACACCCAAGCCUGAACCUGUUUGCAGCGGGUCACGACGCUGGCAUGAUACUAUUCAAGCUGCAGCGAGAGCGUCCUGCUUACGCUGUGCACAACAACAUGCUCUUCUAUAUUAAGGACAGACAACUCCGCAAGUUGGAUAUGACAACUAACCGAGUGACGCCCGUUAUGCAGAUCAAGGGUGGAGGCAGAAACCAGCCGUACAGUAUGUCUCUGAACCACGCCGAAUGGUGUGUGCUGGUGAACUGGCGAGUUGGUGACAACAGUUCAUACGAACUGUACACGGCCCCUAAGGACGGCAGCGACGCUCCUACCUCUGAACCAGCGAGAGGCACCGGCACCACAGCAGUCUGGGUAGCCAGAAACAGAUUCGCAUCCUUGGAGAAAAAUAAUCAGUUGGUGAUAAAGAACUUGAAGAACGAAGUUUCAAAGAAGAUAUCGACGCCGUCUUGUGAAGAAAUCAUGUACGCAGGCACGGGCAUGCUUCUGCUACGUGAGCCGGAUUGUGUGCAGUUGUUGGAUGUUCAGCAAAAACGGACCAUCGCUUCUGUGAAAAUCGCGAAAUGCCGCUACGCCAUUUGGAACGCAGACAUGUCUUUAGUGGCUCUGUUAGGCAAGCAUAGUGUGACGUUGUGCACCAAGAAACUAGAACAGUUGUGUUGUGUGACUGAAGGGGCCAGGGUCAAGUCUGGUGCCUUCGAUGACUCCACCCCACAGCCUGUGUUUAUAUACACCACCGCCAAUCAUAUUAAGUACUGUUGUAAAGAUGGUGACUUCGGUAUAAUCCGUACGUUGGACGUGCCCGUGUACGCAGUGAAGGUCCUGUCCAGCGAGAGCGGCGCUCGGGUUGUGUGCCUCGACAGGGAAUGCAAACCUAAAGUGUUGAACAUCGACCCCACUGAGUACAGGUUUAAGCUAGCAUUGGUGACUCGUCAAUACGACCAGGUGUUGCAUAUGGUUCGUACUGCUAAGCUGGUGGGUCAGAGCAUCAUCGCCUAUCUCCAAGAGAAAGGCUACCCUGAAGUGGCCCUACACUUCGUGAAGGAUGCUCGAACACGGCUGUCCCUGGCCCUGCAGUGCGGUAACAUCGACGUGGCGUUGGAAGCCGCCAAAAGUUUGGACGAACCAGCCGCUUGGGACAAACUAGCCAAAGCAGCUUUGGCUACUGGUAACCAUCAGAUAGUAGAGAUGUGCUACCAACGCACAAAGAACUUCGACAAGCUUUCCUUCCUCUACCUGAUCACCGGCAACUUGGACAAGCUGCGGAAGAUGAUGAAGAUCGCAGAGAUCCGCAAGGAUGUCUCAGCGCAGUUCCAGGGUGCCUUGCUCUUGGGUGACGUUAAGGAGAGCAUACGACUCUUGAAGAACGCUGGACAGUUGUCUCUGGCUUACCUGACAGCCAUCAACCACAAACAAAUAGAGGAGGCGGAGCAACUGAAGACAAUGCUGGAAGCCGCCGAGCUGCCCAUCCCCGAGGCCAACCCAGAAGCUGAGCUAAUCCGCCCCCCGCUACCCGUGCACACCGCUCAGCCCAACUGGCCCCUACUGGCUGUCUCCAAGAGUUUCUUCGAGGUGGCGAGCGGAGCGGCGGCCGGGCCGGGUGUGGCGGCCGCCGCGCUGGCCGACGAGCCGCUCGAGGCCGCCGGCGCCUGGGGAGACGAUGACGACGUCCUCGACGAGAACAAGAUUGAAGGAGAAGAAGGUGAAGAGGUAAUGGAAGAUGCCUGUGAUGACGGAGGCUGGGACGUGGGUGAUGAGGACUUAGAGCUUCCUGAAGAGUUAACGCCUGUGUCUGCGGACAUAGAUGGCGGCGCGGAGGCGGCGGCGUACUUCGUGGCGCCGUCGCGCGGGGCCCCCGCGGCGCUCGGCGGCAAGCUGCGCAGCGCGCACGACCACGUCGCCACAGGACAGUUCGAGAUCGCGCUGCGGUUAUUGAACGAACAAGUAGGCAUUGUAAACUUCGACCCGUACUUAGACCUGUUCACGUCCAUGUACGGACGCGCCCGCGUUACCUUCAGCGCUCUGACGUCACUACCGCCUUUGAAUGCACAUUUACACCGCAAUUGGAAGGAAGCUAGUGGGAAGGAUCUCUUACCGGUUAUAUGUCUAAAACUGAACGAGUUGGUGAGCCAGCUGCAGCAGUGCUACCAGCUGACGACGGCGGGUAAGUUCUCGGAGGCCACGGAGCGGCUGCAGCGCAUCGCGCAGUGCGUGCCGCUGCUGCACGUCGACACCAAGCCCGACCUCACCGAGGCGCAGCAGCUGCUCGCCAUCGCCAAGGAGUACCUGCUGGGGCUGCAGAUGGAGACCGCCCGGAAAGCUAUGCCGAAAAACACACUCGACGAACAGAAACGCACAUGCGAGAUGGCUGCUUACUUCACACACUGCAAGCUGCAGCCCGUCCACCAGAUCUUGACCUUAAGAACAGCUCUUAAUAUGUUCUUCAAACUCAAGAACUUCAGAACGGCUGCCUCGUUUGCCAGACGACUCCUCGAAUUAGGACCUAGACCAGAAGUCGCUCAGCAAGCUAGGAAGAUCCUCCAGGCAUGCGAAAAGAGCCUCACAGAUGAACACCAGUUACUUUACGACGAACAUAAUCCGUUUAAUAUCUGUGGUAUAAGCUAUAAACCUAUAUACAGAGGUAAACCAGAAGAAAAAUGUUCUCUAUGCGGUGCCAGCUUUUUGCCUGAACACAAAGGCAAACUUUGCCCAGUGUGUGGUGUUGCUGAAAUCGGCAAAGACGUAUUGGGACUUAGAAUUUGUCCUCUACAAUUCCAGAGAUAA